GGGCGGGGGGGGCAGGGGAGAGGUCUGCGCCACUGGCUCCAAUAGACCAGCAGCGAGGCUGUCAGAGUGGAACCCCAAAUACAAGGAGCCGGACGAGCACUUCACGCUCGUGUGGGACUUCUCUGUUGGAUUUAGCUGCUGCGGGAGAGGGGGGUGGCAACGACGCGGACGUUCCCCGGAGACAGAGUAACGUUAUCAUGGCUGCCCUGUUCUCUGAGCCGCCCUCCUAGAAUUCCUUCAUAUAGAGACACACCUAACUAAAAAUCCCUGGAAUCCACACACACACACUAUUGACUUUAGCUGUGUGUAUGUCUGAGGGAUGACGACCUCCCAUUUGAAUGGCCAUGUUGCUGGGGAGGGAGGAGGAGGAGGAGAUGAAGAGCAGAGGGGAGGACAGCAGCACAGAGAAAUGGCCGUUGACUGUCCGGGAGAGCUGGGGGGUCGAAUGCUACCACUCCGACGAUCUGCACAGCUCGAGAGGAUACGACAGCACCAGGAGGACUUUCGGCGUCGCAGAGAGGAGGAGGGUCGGCAGCUGGACCUGAACGCCUCGCUCAGGCUCAGGAAACUCUCUCAGAAUCCCCACAUCGGCAUCGACAACCCCACGUUCCUGGAGGACGCAUACAUAUCGCAACAGCCGUCGCUCGGCAGCCAGCACACACACGCACUGCUCGAGUUGGAGGAGUUGUUGCUGUCACUGAAGCAGGUCCGGGGCUGCCUGUCCGACCAGCAGAGUCAGAAUGACAUCGAGCUGGUUCUUGCACUACUAAACAAGUCUGACUUCCAGUCCGCUCUGAAGAUCCAUAAUGCCGUGGCCUCCAGCAUGCACCGACCCUCUCCUCCAUACCCACACACACACCAGGCACUUCCGCUGGCCAUGGAGGUCCGGAAUCUCACCCAGUCAAGUCAGAACAAAGAGGGCCUCGAACUCAACAGCCUGCUGUCAGACACACACAUCCAGUCGUUGCUCCUGGCCCAUGACAGCAUAGCGGAGACAGAAAUGCAGCCCGAGCCGCUGCCCGCUCAAGGAGAAACACUGACCCAGUGGGGAGGAGAGACUGUGAAGAUAGUUCGCAUCGAGAAGGCCCAAGACAUCCCACUGGGGGCGACUGUUCGUAAUGAGAUGGAAAGCGUGGUGAUCAGUCGCAUUGUUCGAGGCGGAGCGGCCGAACGGAGCGGACUGUUGUCGGAGGGAGACGAAAUCUUGGAGAUUAACGGCAUCGAGAUCAGAGGGAAAGACGUCAACCAAGUCUUUGACAUUCUCGCGGACAUGCAUGGCCUACUGACCUUUGUGCUGAUUCCUAGCAAUCAGAGCAAACCUCCUCCUGUCAAAGAGAGUGUGGUCCACGUGAAGGCACAUUUUGACUACGACCCCUCAGACGACCCCUACGUGCCGUGCAGAGAGCUGGGCUUGUCCUUCCAGAAAGGAGACAUUCUCCACAUUAUCAGCCAGUCGGACCCCAACUGGUGGCAGGCUUACAGGGACGGCGAUGAGGACAACCAGCCGCUCGCUGGGCUGGUACCAGGCAAAAGUUUCCAGCAGCAGAGAGAAGCCAUGAAACAGACCAUAGAAGAAGACAAGGAACCUGAGAAGCCCGGGAAGCUGUGGUGUGCAAAGAAGAACAAGAGGAAGAGGAAGAAGCUGUUGUACAACACUCACAGGAAUGAUGAUUUUGAUAACGAGGAGAUUCUCACCUAUGAGGAGAUGGCUCUGUACCACCAGCCGGCCAAUAGGAAGCGUCCUAUCGCACUGAUUGGUCCGACCAGCUGUGGACAAGGAGAGCUUCGACAGAGACUGCUCAACAACCAACCAGAACGGUUCGCCGGAGCUGUACCUCACACCACGAGAAGCCGUCGAGAAGGCGAGCUGAGCGGUCGAGACUACCACUUUGUGUCUCGUCAGACCUUCGAAACAGAACUGGCAGCUGGGAAGCUGAUCGAAUCCGGUGACUUUGAGAAGAACCUGUACGGGACUAGCACCGACUCUGUGAGGCAGGUCAUCAACACUGGGAAGAUCUGCGUGCUCUGUCUGCACACACAGGCUCUGAAGGUGCUGAGGAGUUCGGACUUGAAGCCUUACAUCAUCUUCAUAGCUCCGCCCUCCCAGGAGCGACUCCGAGCCCUGUUGGCUAAAGAGAACAAGAACCCCAAGCCCGAGGAGCUGCGUGACAUCAUAGAGAAGGCCCGGGAGAUGGAGCAGAGCUGCGGUCACCAGUUCGAUGGUGUCAUCGUCAACACGGACCAGGACAAAGCCUUCAACGAGCUGCUGCGACUCAUCAACAAACUGGACACUGAGCCUCAGUGGGUGCCCUGCUCCUGGCUGCGCUGAGCACACACACACACACACACACUACACCACACCACAACACACACACACACUACACCACACCACAACACACACACACACACACACUACACCACACCACACCACACACACGGAGCCCAUUUCAAAAAGUGGAGCCUGUUUUACUGGGUGUGCUGUGUUGUUGGUAAUGACUUAAUAUUAGGGUUGAUGAGAAUGAGAUUUUUUUGAGAAUAAAGUUGUGAUAUUAUAAUAGUUGAGUUGUUAUAAGAUCAAGUUGUCGUUUCAUACUAUGCAGCGCUGUAUUGCUGUGUUAUUGCCACAAUAUAUAGAUAAAAAGUCAUCAUAUUUUCAGGUAACGUUGCAAUUUCACAAAAAAAGUAAUGGGUCUAAAUCUUAACACUUUGAGAAUGAAAGAUGUAGUUUCUCUAUAGAAAUAUGAUAUUUCAAAUCAAUAUUACAAGAGAGAAUAUUGUGAUUGGAUCUUAACAUCUCCUGACGACUGGUGUUUGGAAUGUAGAAACAAACACACGACCCGACAGUCCUCACUCGUCACGUCCCCUCACUUCACAUGUACAACUUUAAUCAAACGCAGCAUUAAAUCAUUCUUUUUAAAGUCAAAUGUUACUUAAAUUUUUUUUUUUUUUUACUAUUUCUUGACUCUCUAUUGCUUUGAUCAAUACAUAGGACAUUUUCUUUUGUUUAUGACCUUUUCUCAGGAAAUUACAAUUCUACCUUCAACUUCCCUUCACUCUGUCGGACGAGAAGACGCCUUGUAAUAUUGUGUCUUGUUUUGUAAAAAACAAUCACGUCACAACAUUUGAUUCUUAAAACGACAACAAAUCUGUAUAAUACAACUUCAUGACUUUUUAAAUCGACAAAUGGUUUUCCUAAACUAAGACUAUAUUCUGCCUUAAAGCACAACAUAACUUUUAUUAUCUUCCAAAAACAAACAUUUUCUGCUGAUACUAUGACUUUAUUCUCAGAAUUCUCUUAUACUGCGACGCCUAACCAUAACUUUAUUUCUGUAUCAUUUUUUUUUCUCAUAAAAUCACAACUUUUUGAUGUAUAGUCCAACUUCAACAGUUUCUCUGGACGUUGGCCCUGAUACUGUUACUGGACAUGAGCAACGUCUUGUGGAAUGUACCCAUCGUCCUGGAGGCUCUGGUGAUGAACAUAACCAUGAAAUGAAAACCUUUUUGUUUAUUGACCGUCCUGAAAGGGAGAGAGUCCUCAGCAAGAUGAACGUGGACAGUGCUUCACCGAUCCUCGUGUUUGUGUUUCAGCAGCAUCACCACUUCUGAAACACUAACAAUGUUCUUUUCUUUUGGUUCCUUGUUGUUUUUCCUUUUGGAAAGUUGUUCCUUCUCUGAAAUGUCUGGCCUCUGUCAUGGUGCGUCCUCUGACGACUUUAUCCUGUGAGCAUUGAAAUGAUGAUGAUGCGCAAAUCAUUUGAACUUUUACAGUGCAGAUGAUCAAUGUAAAUGUUAGGAUUUGAACUCGAGCUUCUUGAUUCUUUUUUAGUUGUUGUUGAAUAAGUCUGCCUUGGCCUCGGCCCCAGGCACAAAAUGUCUCCCACACAGAUUCACAAUGAGCCACUACAAUUUAAUGCUAUGAAGAACACACGCGCAUCCUUUAUGUACACACCACAGCAGUGCGUUAGCCGACUUCCCGCCGUACGGGGGCGGCGUCUAGUGACACUGCAGCCUUCUGGACCCUGACUGACCGACCGACUGACAUAUGGACCGACUCGCUGGUUAACGUUCACACUAUUGUAAUAAACACUAAAGUAACAGACACACAGCACUUGAUUUCACUUUUUACUGGCUGACUUUUCAUUUCUGUCUUUUUCUUCUUAAUUAUUAUUAUUAUUAUUAUUUUUUCUGACUGACCAAUGACCUGUCUGAUCACAUCUAAGUAGACCUCUGAGCUCGAGCCCUGAGGGGCGGUGGCUGAAGGGAAGUUGUAGUUUUUAGUUGCGUUCCUGAUCGGCACAUGAUGCUGAAUUUAUUAUAUAUUUAGUGACUGAGUGUGUGUGUGUGUCUGUGUGCGUGUGAGCGAGCGAGCAAGUGAAGUUAUUAUUAUGAUUAUGAUUAUUAUGAUCUGAAGUAGGCCCGAUACCAUAUCACUGUUACAACUGUGUAGAGCAUUUAUAUAUAUGUAUGUAAUGCUUAAAAUAGAAGUCCAGAGUGCACCAAUAGAAUUGCAGGUUUCACCCCCAUUGCCUCUUUGUCAUUGGUCCAGGAGGAAGGGGGGGGGGGGGGGGGAGUGGAUUCAACUGUAUUGAAUGUAAGUUAAUUGUUCCUGUGUAUCAGACAUCACGUCAUCUUCCUGAGAAAAUCUGCCUUUUGUAUAAAUAUUCACAAUGAAUAAAUAAUUGAUGAUUGA